AGAAUCAUUUUCGCUAACGCUUUCCUCUUUAAUGAGCCUUACGUAACGAACGGUUGGAAAAAAACAAAAAUAAAAUCAUGUACUAUAUGUACUUUAUUUAUGGAUAAAUACGUUACCAUUUUACAAAUCUACCCCUACUACUUCUUUAUAUUUCAUUUUUGACCCUUUAUAUAAAACUUUUUCCAAAUUCGUCUGUUCCUCACUCUUCCAUUUUUAGAACCAGGGUUUCAAAAUUCCCUAAUUGAAUUCUCCGAAACCCUAAUCGGAUUUUCAUGACUUAUGAAUGGAUAUUAGCUUUUUCUCCGGCGCCGUCACGUUUUUCUGCGUCGUUUCCGCCGUCGUCGCCGCUUUUUUAACUCGCCGAUCAAAAAAGUCCGUUCCGAAAAUCGCCGGAAUUUGUGAAACGACGGCGUUUUUGAACGGAGAUAGUAGUAGUAGUAAUUGUAAGAAUUGUGGUUGUGGUAGUGGUUUUGGUGGUGUUGAAGGAGAAAUGGUUGAGAAAGUACCUGUGAAUGUGGCGGAGAAGCAUACGGGAAAUUCGAUGAUGGAGCAGCUAGUUCCGGAGAUAACGACUCAUGCGUUGAGUUAUUUGGAUUAUCCGAGUUUAUGUAGGCUUUCGAUGACUAAUUCGCUUAUGAGGAAGGCUGCUAAUGAUGAUAAUGCAUGGAAAGCGCUAUAUCACAAGGAUUUCACAUUGGAGCAGGAUUCUCUGACUCCAAUCAAUGGAUGGAAGGCUUACUAUGCAGCUACAAGAGCCAUUAUGAAUGUCAAUGCCGAUUUUUUUAAUAUUAUUAAAGAAAGAUCAGUCCCAGCUAUGGAACGUUUUUGGCUCAAUGCAGAUUAUGUGAAGUGUUUUCACGCCUCUGGGGAGUACUUUACAGGUUACAACGCAGUCAUUGGCAGCUGGCAGUUGGCUUUUAACUGGGAGCAAAAUGUUGAUUUGGAAAUCAGAGACGUAAAGGCAAGGGUAAUGACAGAUUCGGCUUGGGUGACUAUGAAAGCACUUCUUAAUAAUAUGGGAUCAGGCAAUGUGACUAACGUGUUUGAAUUCCAUAACGGGAGAUGGUACAUGGUCCAUCAUCACUGCUCGGUGAUGCUCAUUCAUGGAGGUGCAGGGCAACAAGUUGUGCAGGGAUAGUAGGAUUAAAAACAAGGCAAUAACUGUGAAGAAGAUUGGUUAUUCUUUUGAAAAUUGAAAAGUGGUAUAGCGCGCUCGUUUAUAGUAGGAUUUGACUUGUUCUGGAACCUCCAUAAAAAAUUAUUUUUAUGUAGUUCCUGUGCUAGUUUCUUGCCCCA